AUGUCGUUCCUCGGAUCUGUCGUUCCCAAUGUACCACGAUCCCAGUCGGUAGUCAGUCACAACAUACAACAGUCACAGGGAUUCGGCGAGGAUGACAAAGCUGGUCACAAUCUCUCCACAAAUGCUCAAACUGGCAGUUUUGAGAAGGAUAAAAGUGAGGAUGGAGAGACACUACAUGGGGAUGAGCCGGAUGUGGAAACUCGCGUGGUUUCACUGGCCAGACGCUUGACUCGCCAGUCCACGAGAUUAACAGCAAAAAGCACCCUCGAGAAUCCGUUCUUCCUCGACGACUCUGAAUCGGCUCUUAACCCUCAUGGUGCAAACUUCCGGGUCCGGGAUUGGAUGAAAAUGCUAUUAGAGAUCCGGUCUCGUGAUCCAGAGAGAUACCCUGACCGCACAGCCGGUGUGGCCUUCAAGAGUCUUAGUGUCCAUGGUUUUGGCUCACCCACCGAUUACCAGAAAGAUGUCUCGAAUGUGCUCCUCGAAGUUGGAACCAUGGUUCGCAGGCUAGUUGGGAUAAGGAUGCCAAAAAUUCAGAUUCUCCGGGACUUUGAAGGAUUGGUCAAGAGUGGCGAGAUGCUUGUUGUCCUGGGAAGACCUGGAAGUGGAUGUUCCACUUUUCUCAAGACCAUUGCAGGCGAGAUGAAUGGAAUACAGGUGUCAGAAGACGCAGUGAUGAAUUAUCAAGGUAUCUCUGCCAAAAGCAUGCAAAAUUCGUUCCGAGGCGAGGCCAUAUAUACAGCAGAAAAUGAUGUUCAUUUCCCCCAGCUCUCGGUGGGUGACACGCUAACAUUCGCUGCUCUCGCAAGAGCACCGCGUAACCGUCUCGAGGGUGUGAGUCAGAAGCAGCAUGCGGAGCACAUGAGAGAUGUGGUAAUGGCCAUGCUUGGCCUCUCGCAUACGAUCAAUACCCGUGUGGGUAAUGACUUUGUUCGUGGUGUUAGUGGUGGUGAAAGAAAGCGCGUCAGUAUCGCAGAGGCAACACUAAGCCAGGCCCCACUUCAGUGCUGGGAUAAUAGCACGAGAGGUCUCGAUAGCGCGAAUGCUUUGGAGUUUUGCAAGAACCUGGCUUUGAUGAGCAAGUAUACUGGCUCUACCGCUUGCGUGGCCAUCUACCAAGCAUCCCAGAACGCAUAUGAUGUUUUCCAUAAGGUCACUGUUCUCUAUGAAGGGAGGCAGAUCUAUUUUGGACGCACAGAGGAUGCAAAAAGGUUCUUCGUGGACAUGGGAUUCGAGUGUCCCGAGCGCCAAACAACUGCAGAUUUCUUAACAUCACUCACUAGCCCUUCAGAACGUUCGAUACGCCCUGGAUUCGAAGAUCGCGUGCCUCGCACGCCCGACGAAUUCGCGGCGGCAUGGAAAGGAAGCGAAGACCGUGCGAAACUCAUGCAGGAAAUUGAGGAGUUCGAAAGGCAGUACCCCAUUGGUGGGCCCUCCUAUAAUGCCUUCGUGGAGGCACGAAAGGCCAUGCAAUCAAAGCGCCAGCGUGUGAAGUCUCCAUAUACAAUCUCAGCAUGGAACCAGAUCUCCCUAUGUGUUAGUCGCGGAUUUCAGCGUCUCCGCGGGGACUUCAGUCUUACGGCAACCGCCUUGAUUGGAAAUUUCAUUAUGGCCUUGAUUAUCGGAUCCGUAUUCUUCGAUCUUACAGACGACACGAGCAGUUUUUACUACCGAGGGGCUCUCCUUUUCUUCGCAGUCCUCUUAAACGCAUUCUCGAGUGCCUUGGAGAUCUUGACGCUCUAUGCCCAACGACCAAUAGUAGAAAAGCAAUCAAGAUAUGCAUUCUACCAUCCUUUUGCGGAGGCAGUGGCGUCGAUGCUAUGCGAUACACCCUACAAGCUUAUCAACUCUUUAACGUUCAAUCUACCCUUGUACUUCAUGACCAACCUUCGCCGUGACGCUGGUGCCUUUUUUACAUUCUGGAUCUUUUCGGUUGUUACCACGUUUACCAUGUCAAUGAUCUUUCGAACUAUUGCCUCGACAUCUCGUUCAUUAUCUCAAGCUCUCGUGCCCGCGGCUAUUUUGAUACUAGGAAUGGUGAUUUACACGGGCUUUACUAUUCCUACUCGAAAUAUGCUUGGCUGGUCCCGUUGGAUGAACUAUAUUAAUCCGAUUGCCUACUCAUUUGAGAGUUUUAUGGUCAAUGAAUUCCAUGGUCGGCAGUUUGACUGUGCCGGUAUCAUUCCAUCUCAGGGGGAAUAUGAUAACAUAUCCAUGCAGUACCGAAUUUGUUCAACGGUUGGCGCAGAGUCCGGAUCUUCGAUUGUGGAUGGGGGAAAGUUUGUAGAAUUGAGCUACAACUAUACCAAAGGCCAUCUAUGGCGAAAUAUGGGCAUCUUGAUCGGUUUUAUGGUGUUCUUCGCCUUCACCUACCUGGUCGGCACAGAGUAUAUAUCGGAGCAAAAGUCGAAAGGCGAAGUUCUCCUAUUCCGCCGCGGGCAUCAGCCAAACAUUCCCAGAAGCGAGGCCGACCCCGAGAACCCUAGCCAACCCGCCAGUGCCCCGAAAACCGAAGAAUCCGCACGUCAGACCUCUGCUAAGAUUCAGAGGCAAACUGCAAUUUUUCAUUGGGAAGAUGUCUGUUAUGAUAUAAAGAUAAAAGGACAGCCAAGAAGGAUCCUUGACCAUGUCGAUGGCUGGGUCAAACCUGGCACCUGUACCGCGCUGAUGGGUGUAUCUGGAGCGGGUAAGACAACAUUACUAGAUGUCUUGGCCACACGGGUCACCAUGGGCGUUAUUACCGGCUCAAUGCUUGUUGAUGGGCGCUUGCGAGAUCAAUCAUUCCAGCGCAAAACCGGAUAUGUGCAGCAACAAGAUCUACACUUGGCUACAUCAACCGUACGGGAAGCUCUCAGGUUCAGUGCAUUACUACGACAACCCACCCACCUAAGUCGCCAGGAAAAGCUUGAUUAUGUCGAAGAAGUUAUUAAGCUCCUGGGAAUGGAGGCCUACGCAGACGCCAUUGUGGGCGUUCCUGGAGAGGGGCUAAAUGUUGAACAGCGCAAGCGAUUAACAAUUGGAGUAGAGCUUGCCGCUAAGCCUCAGCUUCUGCUAUUUUUGGAUGAGCCAACCUCUGGCCUUGAUAGUCAGACCUCUUGGUCAAUUUUAGACCUAAUUGAUACCCUGGCUCAGCACGGGCAAGCAAUCCUUUGCACCAUCCACCAACCCUCAGCCAUGUUAUUCCAGCGAUUCGACAGACUUCUCCUGCUAGCGUCUGGAGGGCGGACCAUCUAUUUCGGAGAAAUCGGGGCUAACUCUUCAACACUUUCGAAUUACUUCGUACGCAAUGGCUCUCAACCAUUGCCUCCUGGAGAUAAUCCAGCCGAGUGGAUGCUGGAAGUCAUUGGAGCAGCCCCAGGCUCCCACACCGAGAUUGACUGGGUAAAAAAGUGGCGCGAAAGUUCGGAAUAUGCCAAGGUCAAGGAGCAUCUCGCCGAGUUGAAAUCCACGUUGUCGGAAAAACCAAUCGAUUCGUCGGAUCCAGGUGCUUUGAGCGAGUUCGCCGCUCCGUUCCAUGUCCAGCUGUGGGAGUGCCUUAUUCGGGUGUUUGCUCAAUACUAUCGCACGCCAACUUAUAUUUGGUCUAAAGCCGCCCUUUGUGUUCUCACAUCACUAUAUAUUGGAUUCUCAUUCUUCAAAGCUCCCACGUCUAUACAAGGCUUGCAGAACCAAAUGUUCAGUGUUUUCAUGUUGAUGACAAUCUUUGGCAAUCUGGUACAACAGAUUAUGCCUAAUUUUGUCACCCAGCGCUCUCUAUAUGAAGCACGGGAGCGUCCAUCCAAAGCAUAUUCAUGGCAGGCAUUCAUGACUGCUAAUAUUAUAGUUGAACUUCCUUGGAACACCCUCAUGGCAGCACUUAUAUUUUUCUGUUGGUACUAUCCCAUUGGCUUGUAUGACAAUGCGAAGCCAACAAAUGCGGUAACAGAGCGCGGUGGCCUAAUGUUCUUGUUAAUCUGGACAUUCUUGCUUUUUACUUCCACAUUUGCGCAUAUGAUUAUUGCAGGAAUCGAGCUGGCUGAGACUGGAGGCAAUAUUGCGACAAUGUUAUUCUCCCUCUGUUUGAUUUUUUGCGGUGUUCUCUCAACUCCGGACGCCAUGCCUGGCUUCUGGAUCUUCAUGUAUCGAGUGUCGCCCUUUACAUAUCUGGUCUCAGCGAUGCUUUCGACGGGACUGUCAGGGACGAAUGUUGAGUGUGAAGCCGUGGAAUAUCUCAAAUUCGACCCACCGGACAAUCGCACAUGUGGAAGCUACAUGCAAGACUAUAUUGACGCGAUGCAAAGUGGCUAUCUCCAAGACCAGGAUGCCACUUCUCAAUGCGCGUUUUGCACCAUGGACAAGACAGACAACUACCUCAUGCAAAUCGGCAGCAAUUUCGAUGAUGCCUGGAGAAAUUUUGGCCUGAUGUGGGUUUACAUCUUCUUCAAUAUCGCCGGAGCAGUGUUCAUCUACUGGCUGGCCCGUGUACCAAAGGGCAAGAAAAUGGCAGGGAAGACAUAA